CUUUCGCGAUCUAUGUUUUAAUAUUUAUCGUGUAGGUAGUUUAUUUUUUUUUUGGAAAAUUUUUAAGAUCGUCAAGUGAUUAAUAUUAUUUCAACAAUGAAUUUAUACUACUCUAAAGUCUGAAUUUGAUCAAUAACGUAUAGAUAAAAUCGUGAAUAGUGAAUUGCAAUAGUGUUCGUCAAUUGUGCCGAUUUUUCUGGACCACCUGAAAUCUAUACCUAUACAUCUUUUGCGCCGGUGGAUUUAUCACAAAUUAAAAGGACAACAGCAAGAUGAGUAAUACAGAUCAGAAUGUGAAAAUUAUUGCGGAUAAAAUCACCACGCCCGAGAAUAAUAAAUGUAAUAUAAACACUACAACUAUAAUUAGUGUAGACAAAUGUGUAAUUAAUGAUGAUGGUCAAAAUAAAUUAAUUGAAAACAAUAGGAAUGCAGAGAAUAAAAUCAUAUAUGUUGAAGAUGAAAAAUUGUCAGUUUCGAGUCUUUCAUGGAGAGAUUUAUAUCCUCAAGUGUUGGCCAGUUGUAUAUCUUUAUUAAUGGUCAUUCAACCAGGAAUACAUUUAGCUUAUUCAAAUAAUAUGUUGCAUCAUAUGCCAACAAUAAAUAAAGAACAAUUUUCAUGGAUAACAAGUAUUUCGGUUUUGUGUAUACCUAUUGGAGCGAUCCUCGUCGGUCUGGUGAUGGAUAAAAUUGGUCGGAAAAACGCUUGUCUCCUAACUUGCUUUCCAUUACUCGCAUCGUGGACAACAGUGACCAUCUCAAGUUCAGAUAACAUCUACACGUGUUAUGCCUUUAGGGUGUUGGGUGGAAUCGGGGCAGGAAUGACUACAGUGGGCUUAGUGUACGUGUCGGAAAUCAGUCACUCGUCUUACAAGCAGAUAUUGUUAUCUCUUAAUAGCGUUUUCUUUUCCGGUGGUAUACUGAUAUCUACUUGUUUAGCAGAUUUAGAAUGGAAAGUCAUAAACUUCUCUUUCGUCAUCUUCACUAUCGUCAAUAUGGUUCUCAUAAUUAUUUACUUGCCGGAAAGUCCGAUCUGGAUACUGAAGUUUAAAAGUUCGGAGCACAUUGAUAAAGCCAAAAAGGCGGUGAAACAGAUUUACCCGAACGACAAUCAGGUGUUCGAAACCGAGUGGAGGAGACUGAAAUCCGCGUCGGACAACACCGCCGGCCUGGACGCGCAACAACCGUCGUUCGUCGAGUUCGUCAUGUCCAAUCCCGAGGGGUACAAGCCGAUAGCCAUACUGAUGGCGCUGCUGCUCCUCCAGCAACUGACCGGCGCCUACGCGACCAUAUCGUACGCGCUGCCCAUACUCAAGUCGGUGGUGCCCGCCGCUUACCCGCCGGCCGUCGAGAUCCGAUCGCUGGCCGCGCUGGGCGUCGUCAGGUUCGGUUCCGGCUUGCUGGCGUGCGCGCUGUCGUUGCGCGUGGGCCGGAAACCGCUUCUGGUGUUCUCGUGCACGGCCAUGGCCCUGUCGUCCGCCCUGGUGGCGGUCGCCCAGCGCGACCGCGACGCGCUCGCCGUCCCGUGGGCCCUGUGCGGCGUCAUGCUGUACAUGUUCGGCAGUUCCGUCGGCGUGCUCGUGUUCCCGUGGACGCUGAUAUGCGAACUGCUGCCCACGCCCGUCCGAGCGGUCGGCAGCUGCGCGAUGGUGUCGUACGGUUACCUGAUCAUGUUCGCCGCGCUCAAGGUGUUCCCGUACGUUUUGGCCGCCGUCGCCGUGCCGAACGUGUUCGUCGCGUUCGGCGCCGUGUCCGCGUCCAUGGCCGUGUACGUGCACUUCGUCGUGCCCGAGACGUUGGGCAAGAGUUUUCGAGAGAUAGAGGACUACUUCAAGGGACCGAGUGCAAAGACCGUUCGGAGCAAUACGGCGGCGAUGACAUAAAAUCAUACUAUUAUAUAAUAUUAUUGUAUACAUUCCCAGAGCCCCGUGUUUGGUGCGAAUUUUGAAACCGCUCCACUCCUCCUCGUCGAUUUUGAAAGGGUAAACCUACGUGUAAUCAGUAAAUGUGGCUCUAUAGAGCUUUAUACUUCUCCCUCUCUCUCUCUCUCUCUCUCUCUCUUUUCAGGUUUAGCAUUUCCAAUUAUAAAAUAUGUAUACCUAUAGAUUAAAAUAUUUCACUAUCAUCGUAAGAAUUUUGUUAUAGUAUAAUGCACCGAAUAUGUUUUUAAAAAUAAUUUUUAUAGAUAACUGUUCCUAAAUUUAAUAAACGUUUUGAUAAAAAAAAAAAUUGAUACCUGAACUUUAAAUGUAACAUGUUUGAUAUUCAAAUAGUUUAACGUUGUGUUUUGUGAACUCUCUAUCAAAUCCUCACCUCGAGCUAUCAGAUUAUUGAAGGGUUGCAAAUACUACAAAUUCGCUCUUAAUAAUUGUAUCCUUACUUUUAUUUUGUUUUAUUUAUAUUAUGUUUAUAAAAUACGUAUAAUUAUUUGCAAAUUAUAUAUUAUAUAUAUAGCAGGGACGGCAAAUCCAUGGCACGCGAAAAAUUAAAAUAUCAAUAUAUAAUAAAUACAAAUAUUUUGAACAUACGUCUUAUUGAAUAUAAUAUAUAUAAUUUUUUUCAUGGUGGCACGCUCGAAAAAAAUAAGGUAAUUUUUGGCACGUAGUGUUCAAAACGUUUGCUGUCCCUGUUAUAUAGUAUAAUAUCUAUUCCCCCGAGUAACCGAGCUUAGAAUAAAUAUUACAUGUAAAGAACUAUAUAGGUAUUGUUGAACACCACAUAUUUAUGUAGAUAUAGGCAAGGCCGUAACUAAAAAAUUUUAGGAGGGGACGUCCAACAUUUUUUUAAAUAUAGAUACUGAACAUUUGUCAUUUUUACGUUAAAAAUAUAAAAUUUGAUCAUUAUCGUUAUUAAAAAUAUAAGUCCCCGAAUUAACAUAUUCAAUUUAUAUAUAAUAUAGUUAAUUAUUUAAUAAUAAAAAAAUAUUUCUACUUUUAAAAAUUUCGUUGAAGAGAAAGUAAGGAUCCUUGGACCCCCCAGUUACGGCCUUGGAUAUAGAUAUCAAUUUCAAUAAAUAUUAAUUAAUAGGCAACCCACAUAUGGUCUUAUGCUCGUUCCACCCAAACAUAAUCUUCCUCUAUUCGCCAACGUUCUAUUUUUGAUUUAAUAUGAUAAAGUAGUUUUUCUUUUUACACAAGAUUUCAAGUUCAACAUUUUGAAAAGUACUGUCUCAGGAUUAGUUUGAUUUAGCAUAGCCUAGAGAGCACCACAAGGAAGUUACUUCUAUUACGUUUUAAAAAUAUGUAUUGUUAGAUACAUACGUCAUACUUAUCACUUUAUUAGUUAAUUUCAAUAACAUAAAUAAGUUUAUAACAACUAAUUAUAAAUGUACUUACCUAUGUUAUAGAAUGAUGAUUAUUUUAAUGUUCCUACAUAGUACUAAUUUAUUAGUUCACAAACACAACUUUUUAAUUUAUACAAUUAUUAUUUUAAUGUAGGUAUAGUGUACACAAAACAUUUUUAGAGAGUAAUAAAAGGCGCUUCUUCGUAUUGCCCUUGGGUUAUUCUAAAUAGCUUAAUUAAACUAAUUUUGAGACAGCUUUUCAAAAUAUUAAACGUAUAACCGUGCACAAAAAGAAUGAAGUUAUUUUUAAGUGCAAAGAGUAAACUACUUUAUCAUAUUUAUUCGAAAAAGACGCGGGUGAAUAGAGAAAGGUCAUUUUUGAGCGAACUAAUAGUUGUGCCAAUCUCGGGUGUCCCAGAACAAAAUUACUUAUGCUUUCCCACCCCUUAAUACCUAUAUUAUUAUAUAUUUUAUAUAUUAUACGCUCAUUUUAGGUAUUGUCGAUAUUCGGUGUGUAUUAUAUUUUGUAAUUAAAAACCAAAUUAACUUAAUAUUAUUAUUGUAUACGAAUGCACAGUGAUAACUGAUAAAUUAUUAUAGUUCGGUAUAUAAUCUAUUAAUUGUAGUGAUGACGUAGAAAAUAUACGUUAUAAUCAAUACGAAAAAUAUCUUGUUAUUGUAUACGUCGUAACUUGUAUAAUCCAUUAAGUAAAAGUAAUAUAACAAUAUGUUUACGAAUUGUGAAUCCUCGUUUCAAGUGUAGAUAGGUGUUAUGAAUGUACAAUAUUUAUGAUUAAUAAUAAACUGUUAACUGAUUUUAUAAAAAUGA